AUGGAGGAGGAGGGAAAGACAAGGAAAGGUAAUCGGCAGCGCAGUUGCAUUGCCGUCGUCGGACUCUGUUAUCCGCCGGCGAUUCCGAUAUCGACUGAGCCAGACCAACAGGUUGAUGAUUCCGAAUCCGGAAGUAUGUUAAGCCAGCCAAACAAUCACUCGAUUCCUGUCGGGAAAAUCAUGAUCGAACGACGACGGUGGAAAUCGGGAUUUCGGUCGGCGGCACUCUGCGAAGAAAUCUCGACGCUCGUGCCAUCAUCCUUUCUGCACUCUGCACUCUGCACUCUCCGCUCUAGUCCUUUGCUCUUCCAUCAUCGUCUCAUCUCCCACGACAUCCGCACAAUGAUCGCUCUUCGUACAGCUCAACGCAGUCUCCUCGCCUCAUCCCGACGCUUCGCCUCUUCGCAAGCUGGUGCCAUCGUCGAAGAAACCGCCUCGACGGCACGUGCUGCCGCCAAGGAAAACAUCGCGGAAGCAAAGGGUGCCAUCAAGCAUGCCGAAGGUAGCGUCAAGGGUGCCGCUCAACAAGCAAAAGCAUCCAUCCCUUCUCCACCUCCUCAGCCCAUCGUCGUCGGUAGCCCAACCAUCCGUCGUCCCGUAGGCUCAGUAAGGGGAGGCGUGCUCGGAUUUCUGUUCGGCUUCGGUAUCGCGUCCGCCUACGGAUACUACUACUUGCUCAAGGAGUACAACGCUGCUUCCAAUUUGAUGCUUGCCAGUGUUGAAGAGCUGCAGGGUUCCACGGAAAAGAUCACCGGUCACUUGCAGAGGCUCAACAAACUCGAGGCAGACCUCAAAUCACUCACCUCGCAAUCCGCCUCCAAGGCCGAAUACGAGAAGAACAGACUCGAGAUGAAGAGGAUCGUCGACGGCAUUCACGACGAAGUGCUCGACGUUAAAAAGCAGCUCCUCGACCUUCCUCGUCCCACAAAGUACAUGCAGUAG